GCUUGUCACUCUGCAUUUUUGCAAAAUGCUUUGGCUUGUGGUGAGGCUGUGCAGCCAGGAGCUGUGGGCAGCGACUUGCGGUCUGUCUCAGGACUGUCCUCUGAGAUGGAAUCCAAGGUGCAGAUGUUGAAAUCGACAAUAAAUGGAAUUUUUGGAUUCAGGACAGAAUUUAACCUCUCGGCUACGGUUCCUGCCACUCCUCGUGUUGGGUUGCGUUGGAGCGAUGUGGAAAAAGGAAGGCGCAACUUGGUUGUCGAAAAAUGUGUUGUCCCGUGGAACGAAGAGCCCUGGGAGUUCUCCGUGGUUUUGAUUAAGGCUGAUUAUAUGCAGAUUCCUCGAGUGCUCGAGCAGACUCUCGGGUGGAAAUUCAGGACCCUCUUUGCAAGCUCGGUGCUUAACCUGGCUGAACUGGCUGCCCUACGCCCCGACCUUGGCAAAUUAAAAAAGGUCCUCUACUUCCACGAGAACCAAUUGGCCUAUCCUGUCCGAAAAUGCCAAGAAAGGGAUUUUCAGUACGGCUACAACCAGAUUCUUUCGUGUUUGGUUGCUGAUGUUGUGGUGUUCAACUCUGCUUUCAAUAUGGAAUCGUUUCUUACGUCCAUUGGAAAAUUUAUGAAGCUGAUUCCUGACCACAGACCUAAGGACUUGGAAAAAAUAAUCAGACCAAAGUGCCAAGUUCUUUAUUUUCCAGUCAGGUUUCCUGAUGUGAGCAGAUUCAUGCCAGAACAUAAGCUUGCCGAUUUAGAGAAGGUAGUUGGUGUUAGAAGAAAUGGAGAUGCUUGUCAACUGGAGGCUCUGCCUGGCCAGCAGAAGAGCAGCGCUAUAAUGAAAAGCAGCAACGUGCAUUGCAAGUCUGGACUUUGUGAAGCCCAGCCUGGACUUUGUACCACCCAGCACGAGGGGCUGCCAUCCCCAAUAACAGCACCAGCAAGCUCGAGUGAGUCUGAAGCGUCAGAAAGUACAAAUCCACGUCAAGAAGAAGAAGAAGAUACGCGACAUCUGACUUUUAACCUCUCUAAUAUCUUGAGUGGCUGGGACUAUCAGCAAAGACCUUUACACAUCGCCUGGCCUCACAGGUGGGAACAUGACAAAGAUCCUGAGACUUUCUUUAAAGUCUUGUUGAAGCUGAAAGAAGAGGAGCUGCCUUUUCACGUGUCCGUCCUUGGGGAGGCUUUCACUGAAAUUCCAGGGUGGAAGCUGUGCAUUGCGGCUGUUACCCGCUGUGUCCCAAAGCCCUGGUGUACCCCGAGAUAUUCCCAGCUGAAUAUCUGUAUUCUACACCUGAACAGCUUUUUAAAAGGCUUCAGAAUUUCUGCAAGAGACCAGAUAUUGUAA